AUGAGAACUGAAAUGCCCAAACAGGAUGAAAACCAUGUUUUCUUUCGAAACGUGGGUAACCAAAGUACCCUUCAUUAUUUAUGCCGACUUCGAGGCAAUCACGCCGCACGUGGAUACAAGUACAAGUUGGUGAAAAGCAAUGGAGAAGCCACGGAAAUAAAACUCUACCAUAGGGAAAACGCUUUGGAAGAGUUUCUGAAAUUGCUUUUCCAAGAGGAGGAAAGGAUCAGAGAAGAACUGAGAAAAGUUGUUCCCAUAAAAAUGAUUGGGAAGAUUUCAACAUUGCAACCAAUUGACACAUCUGUGAAAAGCCUCAGGUGACUGAGUCCUUUUUGGAUUCCACAUCUGUUUACGAUCCCAACACGGAGGAGCACUGCCAGCAGGCACACAAAAGGUGCCAUUUCAAAGACAAAUUAAUGAGGUCCAAAUUUCAACGCAAACCACUCGAAAAAGUGGAUUAAAGACAAAUCAAGAGGAUUGUACAUACUGCUCCAAACGUUGCAUUGCUCUAACUACAGACACACGUGAGGGACCACUGCCACCUGACUGGGAAAUAUUGUGGAGCAGCCCACUCUGCAUGCAAUUUGCAGCUCUAGAUAAGAUCGCAACAAGACCCUAUUCCUAUGGUUUUUAACACUCUCAAGGGUACGAUGAACAUCUCCUUCAGGAAAUAUCGAAAAUAAAAGACAGGAAACUGGAGUGCAUUCCUCAAAACAUGGAAAAGUAUAUCAGCUUUUCUUUGGGAGGGCUCCAGUUCAUCGACAGUUUGAACUUUUUGCAAGCAUCAUUGGAUUCUCUUGUAAAUAAUCUUCCAAAGAAUGCUUUCGUGCACACGAAAGAAUUAGCAGGAAUGAAGAACAGCGAGACAUGUUACAACAGAAUGGGUCUAUCUGUACCAGUACAUGGAUAGUUGGGAAAGGUUCGAGGAAACCCAGCUGCCUUCACAAGCCCAAUUCUACAGCUUGCUGAAUGACAAGCACAUCACGCAAGGUACAAUUCAAACGUGCAAAGAAAGUGUGGAAAACUUUCAGGCAGGAGACCCUGGGGGAUUACCACGAUCUCUAUCUGAAAACGGACGUCUGCUUGUUGGCGUACAGUUUUAAAAAUUCUGAACCCUUCACUUGAAACAGUACAGGCUGGAUCCAGCAGACCACUGGGACACAAUGCUAAAAGAGAUAGUAGUGCAGCUGGAGCUGUUGACAGAUGUGGACAUGCAUCUGUUCAUUGAGCAAGGGACACGUGGUGGAAUCUCCAUGGUGAGCAAGCAGUAUGCAAAAGCCAACAACCUGUAUGUGAAAGAUUACGACCCAAACAACUACAUUCAAUAUCUUGAUGUGAAUAGCCAUUACAGUUGCGCCAUGUGUAAACCAUUGCCGAAGGGGAAGUUUGCAUAA